AUGACGUCAAUGCCAGUUCGUCAAUUAGGUAAGAAUGGACCAUCUGUAUCAGCCAUCGGUUUUGGAGCUAUGGGUCUUUCUGCAUUUUAUGGAACACCUGCUCCAGAUGAAGAACGAUUCAAAGUUCUUGAUCGUGCAAUUGAACUUGGUAGCACAUAUAUUGAUAGUGCAAAUGUCUAUGGUGAUAAUGAAGAUUUACUUGGAAAAUAUUUCAAUAAAUAUCCUCAUCAACGUGAAAAAGUUUUUCUUGCCACCAAGUUUGGUAUUGUAUUUCUUCCAGAUGGUAAACGAGCCGCAAGAGGUGAUGCUCAAUAUGUUCAUGAACAAUGUAACAAAAGUUUAAAACGUCUUGGCCUCGAUUAUGUUGAUCUCUAUUACGCACAUCGCAUUGACAAGAAUGUACCGAUCGAAGAAACUAUGGGUGCUUUAAAAGAACUUGUUGAAGCUGGCAAAAUUAAAUAUAUUGGUCUAUCUGAAUGUUCAAGUGAUACUCUUCGACGAGCAUAUGCUAUUCAUCCGAUUGCAGCUGUACAAAUUGAAUAUUCACCAUUCAGCUUAGAUAUUGAACAUGAAGAUAUUGGUCUUUUAAAAACAUGUCGAGAACUUGGUGUAGCAAUCGUUUGUUAUUCACCGUUGGGUCGUGGGUUAUUAGGUGGACAAAUUAAAAGUCCAGAUGAUCUUGAUGAAAAUGAUCUCCGACGACACUUUCCACGUUUUUCGAAGGAAAAUUUUCCUAAAAAUCUUCAACUAGUUGAAACAUUAACAUCGAUAGCUAAGAAUAAAGGUUGUACAGCAAGUCAACUUACAUUAGCUUGGAUUCUUAGUCAGGGAGAAGAUUUUAUUGUAAUUCCUGGUACAACAAAAAUCACGAAUUUAGAAGAAAAUAUUGCUGCAGCACAAAUCAAAAUAAGUAAAGAAGAAGAAAAAAUAAUUCGAACAGCUUGUCGAGAAGCAGAUAUAGGUGGUGGACGUUAUCCAGAAGGAUUUAGUUAUUUAUUAUUUGCCGAUUCGGCACCAAAAAAGAAUUAA